AUGACGAAGACAUCACCGCCUCCAAAAGUGCUCAUUCCAGAGAAGAUCUCUCCAGAUGGUCUCAGUUUACUACAGACAUCUUUGGAAGUUGAAGAGAGAAAAGGCUUGAGCGAACAGGAAUUGAUUGAGUUGAUACCCCAAUAUGAUGCACUCAUCGUCCGCUCAGAGACAAAAGUCACGGCGGAAUUGCUAGCUGCAGGCAAGAAGCUCCGAGUCGUUGCUCGUGCUGGAGUCGGCGUCGACAAUGUGGACUUACAGGCCGCAACGAAGCUUGGUAUCAUUGUUGUGAACAGUCCUCAAGGGAACAUCAAUGCCGCCGCUGAACAUACAAUUGCGUUGCUGAUGGCUGUGGCAAGGAACAUUGGUCAUGCUACAGUGAGUAUCAAGUCUGGUAAAUGGGAGCGUAGCAAGAUGAUUGGCGUUGAAGUCAAAGGCCGAACACUUGCGAUCGUUGGGCUUGGUAAAGUCGGAUUGACCGUGGCACGCGCCGCUGGUGGGCUGGGAAUGAACAUCAAAGGAUACGACCCCUAUGCGAAUACCACCCUUGCUGCCGCAGCAAAUGUCGAGCUUCUACCCACUCUUGCAGAGCUGCUAAAGAGUGCAGAUUUCCUCACUCUGCACACUCCUAUGAUCGCAUCGACUAAAGGGCUGAUCAGUACUGCCGAGUUGGCUACUAUGAAGCCUACAGCUCGCGUUCUCAAUGUGGCUAGAGGAGGCAUUAUUGACGAAGCAGCACUGCUUGCUGCAUUGGAAGCGGGUACGAUUGCUGGAGCAGGUAUCGAUGUCUUUACCAGUGAGCCACCACAAGCUGGUGAUGCUGCAUCUCAGCUCAUUGCUCACCCGAAAGUGGUAGCAACACCUCAUCUGGGUGCAUCUACGGCCGAAGCUCAGGAAAACGUUUCAAUCGAUGUAUGCGAGCAGGUCCUGUCUAUCUUGUCUGGACAGCUCCCGAGGAGCGCAGUCAACGCACCAAUCAUCAUGCCAGAAGAAUACCGCACUCUCCAGCCCUUCGUCUCCUUGCUGGAGAGAAUGGGCUCAUUGUAUAUGCAACAUUUCGGACCGACCAACACGACUGAACGACUGCGUACAACAUUCGAUUUGAUAUACGAGGGCUCUCUUGCAUCUGCCAACACAACCAAGCCACUCUUUGCAGCACUCAUCAAGGGUCUCCUCCAACCCAUCACAAGCACUCAAGACACCAACAUCAACCUAGUCAACGCCGAACUCAUUGCCAAAGAACGUGGGCUCCUCGUCAACGAAUCACGCGCACGUGAGAACGUCGAUCAGGAAGGCUAUUCCGCCUCUGUAACUUUGCGAGCUCGUGUCGACCCUCGCUCGCCCUCGGCCAGCCGCGCUCCACGACCUGAUCCUUUCGCGGAGCCUGCGUCUCGCGCGAAGAAGACCGAGGACCACAUCAUAUCUGGCUUUGUCUCCAACAAUACUCCGUACAUCUCCCGCUUGGGCAACUUUCAAACCUCGUUCGUUCCGGAGGGCACUCUACUUAUCGCGAGAAACUAUGACGAGCCGGGUAAGAUUGGAAAGGUGGGAGGUAUUCUGGGUAAAGCGGGCGUCAACAUUCGGUUCAUGAGUGUUGCGCCUAUUGAUGUCGGUGGCCGGUCCGAUGUGGCGAAUGGUGGUCAGAACGGAGAGAAUGAAGCAUUGAUGAUCUUGGGUGUGGAUCGAGCUGUUGAGGAGAGCGUCAGAAAGGAGCUGAUCACGCAGCAAGGAGUUCUGGAAACUAGAGUCGUGGUGUUGUAG